CAGCUUUUCUCCUCUCCCCUCUCCCUCUCCCCUCUCCCCUCUCCCCUCUCCCUCCCUAUCCAGUGGAAGCCAGAUACUCUGUCCCCAGAUACCUAUUUUGUUCUAGGAGUUAAUGUGAACAAGGCCCUAGGCCACGGAGCCAACAGGGGGAAAGUUUACUACCUUCAUCCCGAGCUUUUCAAGUAUGCAUGUGACGGAGAUGACAAAACCUGGCUCUAUGAAAACAAGCUUCUGCCUGUACACGGAGGGAAGGCAUUUCUGAUGAUACUGAAAGAAGUGAAAUUCCUAGUGGGGUCGGAAGAAUGCUACAGGAAUAAUAAGGAGAUUCUGAAUGCAGUUGUAAAACUCCAAGAGUUUCAGGUCCCGCAGUUUAUGCUGGACAAAAUGAAGACAUUCAUGCGCUCUGUUCAAGGCUACUUUGCUCAAGAGGCGUCCUCCGCCUCCUCUUCUGCUCAAACAGUCUCCAACUCGCAGGACAGUUCCACCAGUGACGCAGCCACACAGAACUCUUAGCACUCUCCCUCCCUCACAGGGGGCCUGUCAUUAUUAUUCACCUAUCAUCUCACCACUGGUCUCUUGUUUUGUGUUCAUUCAUUUGAAGAGCACCAUUCUCUGUACAUAGCCUCACUGCAUGUGUUUGUAUCACACCUCAUUCAGUCCCCAUUAGCUAGUCUAUUCAUGUAUUUUUACAAUAAAACUGUGACACUUCACACAAGUUUUGUCAUUGAAAAUCAUGUAUUUUACGGAUCACAGAGUGCAAAGUGAUUAUGUGUACAGUUUAGUAUGGCAAUGAACGGAUAAUCUUAUAAACGUCCCAUAUAUAAUAUAUAGAAAAACGGUUGAAUGAUAGAAUUAUAAAACAUGAAUAAUGGGCUGUAGUUUCUCAUUGAUUGGUGGGUGGGGUCAGUUACGUGCAUCGGCAUGACAACACAGUGACGUGUGAUAAUUCCUCAAUGAAAAGUUCUCCAUCUUUCCGAACCAACACCUCCAGAGGCUUGUACUGGUUGCCAGUACAACAGGGCUCCACGGAGCUGCCCGGGUUGGUCUCCGGAAGUCGACUGAACAACUCAAAGAUACGAGGAGUCAUGAGUUGCCCCCCCAUUAUCUCGGGACACACCCCCUCGCAGUAAUUGGCGGUGAAAUUCUCAGGGAGAAGAAUGAACGACAGGCCGAGGUCGUCGUGGAAGUUGAGUUGAAAGUUCUUCAGGCAGCAGGUCGACUGGUUGGCACUGCACUUCCCCACGCCCGUCAGCUCGUCUGCGUUCCUCCGCUUCCUCUCCUGAUGUUGGACAUCCAGAGGGUUCUUUGAGACCGUGAUUAUCCGUGGAGCCUUGUCCUGCUCGGCCUGUGACGAGAAGAAGGACACACUGGCAGGGAGACAGGUCACCCCCGUCCGGCUGACUGCAGUUGGGAGAACUGUAGCAGUAGACAUUGACCUCCAUCGUGACGGGACCCUCGAUGCGGCGAGCAAUCCACAACUUUACGGCCGACGUAAUCUCAAACACUUGAUAGCCAGUCUCAUAGAUGUCGAUGUAUUUCCCCUCCACGAUGAAUUUCUGGCUGAGUGACUCGAGGACGGUCCUAAUCUCUACGUACUGCCUGCGGUCCUUGACAACUGUGUCUGGAGUCACAGAGUUCUGUUGGUAGAGGAGGAGAUCGGCUCGGGACACGUCAGUCAGUGUGGAGGGCAGGG